AUGAAUUUUCUACUUCACCUUGUUGUAGCUAUUUUUUGUUGUUUCCGAAGUUGUUUCCGAAUGAUUGAAAGAAGUCAUCGAGGGUUUGGUCACAUUUCCUGCAGCAGCGUAUGCGAUAUCGUCAAGAUAGGAGGCCGAUUAGCCAAACUGUGGCCGUCCAGCGUUAUCGUUCCCACGCUAGUCUCCGCAUUUGUACUGCUGACACAGGAAACACAUCAAGUUGACACAACAUCAACGAGCACUUUGGGAUCAGCCACUCGCCGUAUUCAUGCAUUGGGGCUGCUGCAGCCACUUGGUGCUCAACUUGUUCCUAACCUCAUUCGUAUGGAUUCUUGGUAUAGGACACGCAUGGGUGAUUAUAUUCGUAUCGGUUGUGACCACAUGGCAAGACAACAUAGUGGAAUUUGUGAAAGAAUUCCAAGCAAAUCCAAAAGUGUCUGCGAAUGA